GUGAAAAUUAGCUGUCUGUAAAGUCUUUUGUUUUAAAUAUAGAUUCAUAAAAAAAAAAUCAACUAAACUUCCCGUUUCCGGUCAGAGCUUUUAUUGAGAAGGUCACGUGUGUUGCUCGGCGGUCGUUUCCGGACGCUUGACGGAUGGAUCGUUGGCAGUGGCCGCCGCAGACUCAGAGCGGGACUGGAGGGCGGUCCGCUUCUCCAGCAGCUGGGUCCAACUUAGAACGGAGUGAGGUCGGUCCGGAUCGGUUCGGAUCCGGUGUUGGAAGAGGUUCUUUGUUCUGUUCGGUGUUGUUGGGCAACAGUUGGGUUAACUUCAGCUCAAACCGGACCGGAGGCGGCUCGUCUGGAACUGGAUGUUUUAUUUCUACAAACUAAAGCUCCCAACAGUUACACCAGAACUAGUUCUGAUGAGUGACAGGCUGGAUGUGGGUCCGAACCUCGGCUGCGGGGUUCUGGAGUGAAACUCUUCAGUUAAGUGCUGCAGUCGGAGGUUCUGGUGCUUUGGGUCUGAGUUCCGUGGCGUGCUGCCGAGUGUCUGGUGAUGCUGCGGUUCGGUCUGUUUCUACCCGCCACACGGCAGUCUGGAUAAGAGGGAGACAGCCCGGUUCGGUUCGGAUCAGCAGCUCACAGCCUUUCGUCUUUAAGAUCCCUGCACGGUGGGACCAGGAUCAGAGGCUUUUGGGUUCCUGCCAUCAUGAAGGCUCAGAAGUCUCAGGGAGUGACGCCGGCGUCCCCCUCCUGCAGACGGAAGUACCGUUUUCACUUCAGAGGCAGGAAAAAGCAAGGAGUGAUUCAAGGGAAGCUCCGGAUCCGGUCGCUGCCCGGAGCCUUCCUGGUUCUUGGAGUGGCAGUGGUGGCUGUUGGUACUGCUCUAGCUGUGGUCCAGUACUGGCCUUACCGGUCCUCCCUUCAUAGAGGGGUUCCAGAGGGGGGGCAUCUGUCCGAGUCGCAGACCUCUGGAUGGAAUCUGAGCACCAGAAGAUUCCUGUCCUCGUCUGGUCUGCUUCAUGUGGAGAGGAUGAAGCUCCUAGGUCCGGUCAUCAUGGGGGUUGGGCUCUUCAUCCUCAUAUGUGCCAACACAGUUCUGUACGAGAACCGGGACAGAGAGACCCAAAUGCUUUUGGCUCAGAUGCGCAGUGUAAUCUGCUCUGUCUCAGCAGCUGUCCCCUCAGCGGGUCUCAGAGACGCCGCUGCAGCCAACCUGAUGAACCAACAGUACCAGUGGGUCAGUAGUCUGCCAGCUGCUCAUCUCAACAUCUUGUGUCCGCAGCAGAUGGCUGAUUCUGAGCCCCUGCGCCAAUCCAGGUCCUUCAGAGACCUGGAGGACAGCUCAAGAGGAGUCUACCAGAAGGCUGUUCUCAAGACAGAAGCCCUCCACCACCACGGGUCAGAACCGCCCCUUUCCCCCCUCUCCUCUUCCUGUGAUAACUGUCAGACACAGAUGUUUUCUGAACAGAGAAGACAGAAUAUCCCCCUUCUGAAGCUCAGUGUCAGCCUGGUGUCUGCCAGCUCCAUGUCCAACCUUGAGACAGAAGAACUGGACGUCCCUGCUGCACUACCAAGGCGCUGCCACAGUUUAAGCCACAGAAUUCACCCUUCCAUAGUUCAAACUGGUCUGGGUCCAGAAGCCGGACUUCACACUUCUGAGGAGGACCAUGAGAGGGAGCAGCUGAAAACCCUCGGAGGACAGUGUGGGUCCCAGGUCUGCGUGACCAUCCCGGGACAGCCCACUAACCCUAUAGAGGAGCUAACCCAUCAUAGCUGGCCUCGGUUGGACCUGGGUGGGGUGAGACGCUACCUGAAACUGGAGAACAAAGAGGGCUCGGUGGACAAACUGCUGGACCAGUUGGAGUUGCAGAGUUGUUCCUGUGAGAGAGGUUUUGGUUCUGGUCCUUUCCAGUGAUGAAAGCUGUCUCCAAACACUCGGACCAGUAGAGCAGAAAAAAACCCAAAGUCUGAGUCCUCCGGAGACCAACCUGGAUCAGAGUUAGGUUCCAGUGAAGUCUGCAGUUUGACUUGUCCAGAACCCAGCUGGUACCUCGCUUCACUGACCCGCCUGCUCCCAGAACCACAUGCUCAGCUCAGUGUAGGAGAGACCGGUGGACCAAGCUGUUUUCAUUGUGUUAACAGCUCUGUGGCAAAUUACCCAGAAUCCUCGGCUCGGCUUACGAAGCGCUGACAGCUCGUAAAACGCGGGACAUAAAUUCAACUCCAAACUGCAAACAUGACGCACGGCAACAGGUUCCCUUUAAAACUGCUUCGAAGUUCUUGUUCUGAUGAGUUUCUGUCUGCAGAGGAAAAGUCCUUCUGGCUUAUUAGAGCUGGGAUCAGGUUUGCUCGUCUGCCUGUAACAGCGGUGCAGGCUGUCAGGGAAUGACUCUUCAUUAGUUCAAAUUCCUCCUCUGUAGUUUUGUUUUUGAGGAUUUUUAUGUUCUUUUGCUGUGCCGACACCAGCUCCCUCUUUCUACCGGUUUAUGUAACAAACAAGUUUAUCUUUGACCACUUCCUACGGAUCACCGUAAACAUCUAAACCAUAUAAAUGCAGCUAUUAAUGAAAACAAAAAAAAAUGAUUAUGAAGUCAGUUUUAAACCAUGUGUAAUCAGGUUAUUAUGUGUGAUUGUUUUGUUUAAAGUAGCAAUCGGGAGAUUUCCCCCUUCCAGAAAGUACAUCUGAUUUUUUUUUAUAAAUCAGUAAAAGUGACAGUCUUACCCUGUACUGUGAUAUAAUCAGUGUUGGGAGUAAUGCGGUACAGAAGUAAUUCAUUACUGUAAUGCAUUGCUUUUUGCUGUAAUGUGGUAAUGUAAGGCAUUACAGGGAAAGAAAAUGGUAAUAUUUACUCGGUACAAUUGUCAGUAACGCGGUAAUUACAAUGCAUUUUUAAACCCAGAAUCAAGAUGCGUUUCUUAAAAAUUCAAAUUGCGGGAAACCCGAAAAAAGUUCCAGUAUCUGCAUAUAUGACGUCAUUUAUGGACUCAGCUUUGCGGGCAGAGAGGACGUAGCGGUACCGGCUCACAUACUCCAGCUGCGUCCUCCAUGCGGCCGCUGUAACAUUCACAAAAUCGCUCCACUAAAACAAAAUAAUUCACCUGCGAUCGUUCAUAUCAGCGCAUGUUCUCUGGUAUUCUGUACUUUUCUGACGUGCUUUGCCUCAUCUGAAUUAAUCUGGGCCCCGGUGAUUUUAACUCAUUGCUGCUGGAGCGCCGCGCAUGUGCAGAUCCCUUUGGCUGAUAGAAAGUAGGAAGUCUAGGAAACAGUUUUUUCUGGAAGACAGAGAAAACAUGCAGCAUGCAGGACGGUUAGAGAGAGAAAGGGCAGGAAAUAAUUCAAAUAAAAUCAAGAAAACAAAACAAAGGGCUUGAAAAGACAAAAAGUAGGUAGAUUUAUCCCCAAUACUCAUUUUUACCAGUGAAAAGCAAUAAUAUGUAAGCAUUCAUUAUUUAUACAUGUGAUGGAAUCAGAUCACCCCAGAUGUCAGUGCCACAUCCAGGGCCGUAUCAAGACAUUUGGGGACCAAGGCUAAAUAGACUUGGAGCCCCCACCACCCCACUCCCUGCUCAGUUAAUCUAAGAUGGCAGCGUGCUGGGAGUACAGAUUGUUGUUGCUUUUAUUUCUAAAGAACUGUUUUAACAGCAAUCCUAGCUCAGACACCACAUCACCUUCCACCGGAUGUGUCAUGAGUUCACCAGGCAUCAGAUUACCAAACUCAUACUGAAGUUGUUUUGUUGAAAGUAACUUAGAGUAAUGCAAAAGUAGUGUAAUGCCUUACAUUUUAAAAUCAGUAAUAUUGUAAUGUAAUGAAUUACUUUAAAAUGAGGGUAACAAGUAAUAAAUAAUGUAUUACAGUUUUGAAGUAACUUGCCCAACACUGGAUAUAAUAUAGGCAAUACAUAAUUAGAUUUUCUGAUGAGCCCAUCCCAUACAGCUCCAUGCAUUAUGAGUCGAGCCCUGCUCAGUCUUAGCAACGGGGCAGGAGUGUAGCGCCCCGGCUAACAGGCUCGCUUUCCUCUGCGCGUCAACACCUGAGGCUCCAGCAGACUGUGAAUCCUUUCUUUUUGCAGUCUGUCUAUAAACUAUUUUUGUUAAAUGGCGUAUCUUUCAGUUUCUGCUGGCUCCGUGUUUUUGUCCGAAUUGCCGCAGUGAACUGGGAGUAUUGGUUUAGAAUUAGGACUUAAGCCUAAUCUGUACUUCUCCAGCAGCUCUGCCAGGGAGAGGUGCACAUGCAUUGACAUACAUUUUUCACUCAGACUUCUCCGUCAGCUGGGGAUCUUUGCAAACAAGUACCCGCCAGGUUGGAUUAACGUUUAUAUUUUCAUACUUUCAUAUAUACGUAUUCUGCUGCUAAAUAUCUUUAUUUUUUUUAAGUGCCUCUUGCGCCGACACUUAAUGGCGUUGCGUGUCUCCAUCCUGACGCAGACGGAGAAGUAUAAAUUAAGCUAAACGGAGACAGCUGAUUCUGAAGGGAGGAGCCAAAAGAGAAAGAAGUUUGUUUUGAAGGCGGCCAACCAGAUUCGUAGUGUUGAACACCGCUCUACCUUUUCCACCAUGUUAAAUGCUCAGUUUGCACACAUACAGUGCAAGUGUCCAUUACUCUCCCGUUGCUAUCCGUUUUGAUAUAUAUGCAAACCUCAGACAUUUUCACUCCCCUGGGGAGAGACGUUAGCCUGCUAGCUUACAGCUGCGUGUAUGAAUCCCCGCCUGCUUUAAGUUGUGUGACAUGGUGUUGUUGUCCAAGAAAUAAAAACAAUAUUGAUGUA